ACAAUCUGUCGUUGGUUAUUACUAAAAACAGAUUUUCGGUUCUAAUUCCAGAAAUGAUUCAAAAAUCACUUCAAGAUUUUUUGACUGUACCAAAGACCGAAGAAAAAAUUCGUCAACUAGUUGCAUUGGCAACUGAAGUCCCUCUUAAAGAUGUCGGAAUCACGUUUUCAUGGAAAGAAGUACUCGAUGAGCAACAACAGGAAGAGUUUAACAUUUUCAUUGCAAACGUCCUCACUUCAUACUUCAAGGUGAACACCAAACCAUGCGAUAUUGAAGAACUCGAGUACUUCUGGGAGAUCGUCAACAGAAUUACAUGUAACCAUUGAUUUUUUUUAAAUUUGAAUAAAUAAGACAAAUGUGUGAUAAAAGUAAUUUUCUAU